AAUGACGAGCCUUUACGUCGGCGCGUAGCCGGGUGGGGUGCGUGUGAGGUCAUCGCGCGGGCGGCGGGCGGGGUCGGGCGGUUUGAACGAGACGAAGACGGAACCGGAGCCGGUUAGGGGCAGCGGACGCCGUCCAGCCGAGAGCUGAAGAUGGCAGUGAACGUGUACUCAACGUCGGUCACCAGCGAUAACCUAAGUCGACAUGACAUGCUGGCCUGGAUCAAUGAGUCUCUGCAGUUGAAUCUGACAAAGAUCGAACAGUUGUGCUCAGGGGCUGCCUAUUGUCAGUUUAUGGACAUGCUGUUCCCCGGCUCUAUUGCCUUGAAGAAAGUGAAAUUCCAAGCUAAGCUAGAACACGAAUACAUCCAGAACUUCAAAAUACUACAAGCAGGUUUUAAGAGGAUGGGUGUUGACAAAAUAAUUCCUGUGGACAAAUUAGUAAAAGGAAAGUUUCAGGACAAUUUUGAAUUCGUUCAGUGGUUCAAGAAGUUUUUUGAUGCAAACUAUGAUGGAAAAGAUUAUGACCCUGUAGCUGCCAGACAAGGUCAAGAAACUGUGGUGGCCCCCUCCCUUGUUGCUCCAGCUCUGAACAAACCGAAGAAACCUCUCAGCUCUAGCAGUGCAGCUCCACAGAGGCCCAUUGCAACACACAGAACUACUGCAACCCCUAAGGCUGGCCCGGGUGUGGUGCGGAAGAACCCCGGUGUGGGGAAUGGGGAUGACGAAGCAGCUGAAUUGAUGCAGCAGGUCAACGUGUUGAAACUUACCGUCGAAGACCUGGAGAAGGAGAGAGAUUUCUACUUUGGAAAGCUAAGGAACAUUGAAUUGAUUUGCCAGGAGAACGAAGGGGAAAACAACCCUGUAUUGCAGAGGAUUGUGGACAUUCUCUAUGCCACAGACGAAGGCUUUGUGAUACCUGAUGAGGGGGGCCCACAGGAGGAACAGGAAGAGUAUUAACAGCCUGGACCAGCUGAGCAACAUCCGAAUUCUUCACUCCAAAUCAUGUGCUUAACUGUAAAAUACUCCCUUUUAUUAUUCUUAGAGGACUCACUGGUUUCUUUUCAUAAGCAAAAAAGUACCUCUUCUUAAAGUGCACUUUGCAGAAGUUUCACUCCUUUUCCAACAGGUUUGAGUUAGGAGCUUUUACCUUGUAGCAGAGCAGUAUUAACAUCUAGUUGGUUUACCUAGGGGACAAAGAGGCUGACCAUGGGCUCACUGUGUGGAUGCUGGUAACACUGAUUGCUGGAGAAGGUGUGUUUAUGUAAUACACUGAGGAGGAGACCUCUAAUAGAGAAUUGUAAAGACUGAUUUGAAUUUUAAACUAAUGUGAAAUCUUGGCAGAGAACGUUUUAAUAAAUAAAUGCCUUAAGAGUAUUUAAAAUAUGCUUCCAUAUUUCAAAAUAUAAAAUGUAACGUGACAGGUGAUUAUGUGUUUGACAUUGUGUCUGGGAAGGAAGGGCCAGAACCUGGAAUCUUUGAAACCUGCAGUUCACAGCCCUUGUGGGGCUGCUCUAAUCCUCAUAGGCCCAGACCUUGGCCCAAAAGGAAAGUUUAAAAAGUUACUCUGUAAAGCCAUUUAGUGUCCUUGACCAAUUGCAUCUCUGCUAAGAAGCAAGAGGCAUUGUUGCCUGGAUGAAUAGAGUGUGUGUUUCAGCCCUGAGAAGUUUGAGUGGAAGAGCUUGAUUUUCAUUGCGCAUUUCUCUGGUGACUUUUCCAAUUAUCUCUGAAAUUUCUAUGUAUUGUGUUUUUUUGGAAAUGAGGUGUGUCUAGUUUUUAAACCUAACAACUACUUUUGGGGACUUGCCCACAUCUCUGGGAUUUGAAUGGGGGUUGUGUCCCGUUUUACUGUCUUUUAAGUUUACAUUUAACGUGUUUCUCUUCUCUGCUCCCCUUGCCCACUGGGGACUCCUCUUUGGCUCCUUAAAAUUUGCUGCUUAGAGUGGAAGUUCAGCAGGCAGGUGAUCAUGCUGCAAGGUCUAUCUGGACCUCUGGCAAAGAGAGUGAUCAGUGAAGGCCAUCGCUACCUUGGGAUCUGCAAGGCUGGGUGUUUUCGGUACCUGCUGUCCACAGCCCUCCACUGUUAUUGGAAUACUUUGCCAGUGCACUAAUCUCUUUGGAGAUAAAAACGUUAGCGUGUUACUAAAUGUUAAUUUUCUUUUGCAGAAAAUACAGUACCAUGUCUGAAUUAAUUAUUAAUAUUUAAAAUAUUUCAUUCCUUAACUCUCCCUCAUUUGCUUUGCCCACAGCCUGUUCAGUUCCUUUGUUUGGCAGAAUUCUGCAAAAUGUGUGUCACCCACUACUGAGAUUGUUCAGCCCCUGAUGUAUUUGUAUUGAUUUGUUUCUGGUGGUAGCUUGUCCUAAAAUGUGUGUAGAAAGCAGGUAUUUUAUGAUAAAUUGUUGUGUAGUGCAUGCUCUGUGUGGAAUUCAGAGGAAAACCUAGAUUCAGUAAUUAACAAUGCCAAAAAAUGCAAGUAACUAGCCAUUGUUCAAAAAACAGUGGUGCUAUUUCUCUUUUGUGGCCUUUUAGACUUUUGUUGCCCUAAAAUUCCAUUUUAUUGGGAACCCAUUUUCCACCUGGUCUUUCUUGACAGGGUUUUUUUCUACUUUAAACAGUUUCUAAAUAAAAUUCUGUAUUUCAAGAGUAUCAUGUCUUCUGAAAUUUGUCUUGCCCUGGUUAUAUUCUUUAGGUUCAAAUGAUAAGGUACCCAUGCUUCUUAAAUUAGGGCUGAUCUUUUGAAAUCCUUCACUAGUUUUUCAAAUGUGCUUGUUUCUAAGCCUGUUUCUUUUUUCUCCGUUCUUCACAGUACAUUUCUCAGCCUCCUGCUGUUUCACACUCUCAUAUUACUGUGAGAGGUCUUUCAGAAGUCCAGUGCUUGGCCUAACUUCCAUGAAACCUUUUCAGGCUGUUUCCUCCUGAGAAAUACAGCAGGACAGAGCUUGGUGGAUACAAUGGGGCAAUACUUUUUUUUUUUUUCCUGAAAGUAUGUUUCAAAGGCAAUCAACACAAUCCAUCUAUAACGUAACAUAAAAAUGUCACCAUUUCUUCUUUCCGUUUGAAAUUCUGUGCUAUAAAAAAUGAAUUCAAAAGGAGAUGUGCAGAAAGUAGUUACCCACCACAAUUAUGGAUGCUUUGUAAACCCAACUUGAUAAUUUUGGCUCGGGUUAUAUCCAUAUUACUUCCUUAGAAGUUAACAGUAUAAUGCCUUCCUGAAAUGUUAUGCACCUCAAAAGGAAUUGGAGAUGGUAUGUGUUGGUAAUCUACAAGAAUCUGCCUCCAGGAGUGCCUGGAGUUAUAUUGUUGGGUAAUGUCAACUGAGAAGUUACCUUGGAAAGAGUGAAGCUGAUACUGCAUGUACCUCUGACCUGAGUCCUUUGGCCUGUCUCUUUAGGCUGAGGCACAUAAAGUCUUUUAAUGUGACUCAUUCAGGUUGGGUCACUGGUGCAGUUAAUUUGAAUAAGCUGCUUGGUUUGCUUGGCAAGGUCUGUGUGGCAUGCAGGAUAGAUAAACAGAUCCGUUCUCUGACUGGAGUUGGAUUUAGAAUUCACUCACGCUGGGUGGUUCUCAAACUGAUGGGCUUCAGAAUCUUUGACAUAAUGUAUUUCUUGACUGACGUAACAUAUUUCUAAAGUCCAGUCCCAGAAAUUCUGAGUCAGAUGAGAAGUCUUCAUUUUACUAUGAACCUCAUAUGACCUGGGCUUGAUGUCCGCAGACCUGUACUUUCGCCUCACAUUUAUGCCUACAAGUUCAAGCCUAAUUCUGGCAAGGGGAACAUCAGAUUGGAGUCCUUGUAGGCCCCUCCUAGCUUUGUAACUUUUGAGCUAACUGAUCUCUUUUCUUGUUCUGACCUGCAAAAUGGGGAUGAUCAUGUUAUUGGCUGUAGUGCCUCCUCACUGGGUGCUUACUGAGAUCAGAAUGAGCUGAUAAACAGAAAAGGUGACCACAGUGUUAGAAAGCCCCCAUGAGUUCUUCAGAUCCAGCCUGAAAUUCUGUUUAUAGGUCAGAAAAGUUUAGGACAAUUCCUAAGAUAGGUUUUGAGUAUUUUGUAAAAUAAGUAACAGGUUCUCUUAAUGUUUCUUUUUCAGCUUUGGAGGCAUUGAUGAGUCCAGCUUCUUCCAUUUUCAGACUCUGAUUUUCAUCCUGGUUUUCCCCAAGUGAAAUCAGUCUAAACACAUCUUCCACCAUUUUCUCUUAGUUGGAGAUUCAGUCAUUCAGUAAUUCAGAUUCAUUGAUUUAAAUAUAGGUAUUUUCUUCAAGGUUUACUCUCUAGAAUAUAGUUUGGUGUUGGAAAGGAAGCCCCCCCUUUUUUUUUGUUAUAACCAGAAUGGCCCUAGGGAGGUGGUUUUUUAAGGAUUGUUUUAUGAGAUUUGGUAUAAGGACUUUUUUUUAAUGAUGUUUAGUAUAGUUCACCAUAGUCUGCAAACAAAACCUAGGCUUUAAGCCUGAUCAGCCUAAUCAGAUUAGCUUGCGAGGAUGUGGGUGACCCAGAUGUGACUGCUGUCAGCAUAGUGGAAGUAAUUUCUUUGAGCCAAGCUGAGCCUGAGCCCGUGGUCAGUGUUUGUGCCUCACCAGUCAUUUUGCUGGUCUGGUGGUACUGUUGCUGUUGAUUUAAAAUUGGGAGUAUGUCGUACUUUUGAAUUCAUGCAUUCAAUUAUAAAAUUUUAAAACCAGGUGAGUUUGUGUUUGUUUCUGACACUUGCUGCUUUUUUCUCAGUUUUCACAUGUGAGAAUAUAACUGUCUGAAAGGAAGCCCACAGAGGGAUUCUGUACUUUUACAUCGAGCUUGACUAUCCUUAGAACCACUACCCCAGAUGCCUUCAGCCAGAUUGUUACGUGGCUAUAACUUGUGGAGGUCACUUACCCUUGUAGCUUAAUCUGACUUGGAAAGUAAUGUUACCUUAGUCUUUGGAGCACAGAGUUUCUAUUGAGGUUGUGGUCAGGCUGCUUCAUUAGUUUGGUUAUCUAGGUAAGCAAGUCUAACCUUAGAUUUGAAUUUCUAGGUCCGUUAUUCCAAGACCAUAUAUAUAAAUUUAAAAAAUUAAAAUAGCCUGUAUUUCUUUUUUAUUGGAAGCUCUGAGGUUCUGAAAUGUAGAAUGAAAGGAGCCUUCACAGAUGCAUUUCUCUGAAUGGGGAGAGACAAAUCUUUGUCCUGUGAUCGUUUGAAAGCAAACCAGAUUAGCCAUCAAAGCCUAGAACUUUGUAAAUGGUAUCAAGAGAUAAAUUUAGAAUGACAAAGUGAUCUGUUAGCAGUUUGGAAUUCUGUAAGAUGCCUUACCUUAAAAACUAAAAAAGAAUUUUUUUCUUUUAACUUUUUCGUGGUUUACUUUCAUACUUUUCACAGUCUGCAGGAAUCGUUGGUGAGGAUAGGCUGGAUGCAGGUAUGAGGAAGAGGAGGAAGAGUAAUUUAUUCCAUUUAGUGAUAUCUUUAAUUUUCAGUUUUGAUGGUACAUUGAGAUUUGAGAAGCUGGUAGUGAGAUUCAGUCCAUCAGGGUAAGUCUUAAGAAAGCUGGCUUUAUGGCUCUUCCUAGUUUCCACUGGGGACAAAGAUGAGUUUCUAAGAUUCAGCCUUCAUGGAUGAUUCACAAAUCACACUGUAGCCUAUUAAAGUUAAGCCAAGGUCUAGCAUGCAAGUGGGCAGACUGAAUAUAUAAAGGGAGUGUGCGGCUGGAGCUCCUCCCUGACCUUUACCAAAAUGAACGAGGGAGAAGUGCUGUGAUCAGGGAGCCAAAGACUGGGAGUCCUCCUCCAGGCCUUGCAUCCCCGGUCUCCAGAGCACGGCUUUUCAUUGGCUUAGUGAGGAGAUGAGUGAGGAUGCUUUCCCCAGGAUCCCUUCUGAGCCAGGAAAAGCUACUUAGAUCUGUAAAGGCCAGUAGGAUACUGGAGCUGGAAAGAGUGGGAGAGUGCCCAGUUCCAGCAAAUACUGCCUCUGGAGGCCAGUUUUCAUCAGUUGAGCAACAGUUUUGGUACAAAGAAAAAGCACAGUGAUUCUCAGCAUCAGCUACAUACCUUUUGCAUGUGAAAUUUUGAAAAAAUUCUCACAAUGAAAUGGUUUGUAAAGUGUACAACUUUGGUGUUUAAAUAAAAGCUUUGAUUCUGAAAGAAGAGGUUUUGACAGAAGUAAAAAGUGGCUCCCGUGCAUUUGGCUUUUUUCCCCCAUAGGCUGCAAGCUGCAGGGAGAGCUUCGCUAGUGCAUUCGUCCCCAAAUCGCCAUUUAGUGCAAGAAGCUAAGUAUGUUGUACCCAGAAUCUGUCAUGGUUUGUCCUAGUCUAAGCUGAGUGACCUUCAGAUUUCUUUCCUCUCUUGCUUGCUUCACAGUUUUAGCACGUUUGUGUUUAUAUUUCUCAUAAUGGGACCUGUUUAUAUAUUUUGAAGUAGUUUAGAUCCAGCGUACCUCAGGGUCAUCUGGAUUUUAGCAUUCUAAAGGUUUCUAACCUGAUAUCUCUCUUUUCUUUUUUGUAUUUUAAAUGUUUUUCUACAGAAUAAUGUGAGCGUUAAAUGUGUAAUUAUAUAUGACUGCUGGUUUUACUUUGAAAUUUUAAACCCUGCUUGGAAGAAUGGAAUGAAUUAUUUGUGUUUUUUACAGGUAGCUGUAGGCUAAUCCCGGCUUGCCCCUAUGUGUGCACCUCCCUCCCUAUUAAUUUUAAAAGCUGAGAGAAGAAAUAACUAUUCAGUGUUGAAUGAAAUAAAAAUUAUUUUUAAAAAU